AAAUAGCAGUGCGUGUAUUGUUCGUUCGUUCGAGCGUGUGAGGGGGCUGUUGUUCCGAGAUUUGGAGAUUACAGGUCGAUAUUUGUUUCAACCUUGCUUGCUGGCAUCACAACUUUGGAGGCAGAUGAUCAAGAUUUUUGGGAAGCCACGCUCGCACCACAAUUAGUCACCAUCGAUUCCUGCUGCAGCCACCACUGCUGGACGGUCCAGCCCGGUAGGUACCAUGUCAGGACCCUCGUACUGGAAGAUUCUGACCCGAAGGAAAGCCCUCACCAUCGACAAUGACGACGAUAGUGGCAGCGGCGGCAGCCAGGGCAAACUGGGCCGGAUAUUGAACACGUUCGAUCUGACGGCGCUGGGCGUUGGCGCGACACUCGGAGUGGGCGUGUACGUGCUGGCCGGGCACGUGUCCAAGGAUCAGGCCGGACCGUCGGUGGUGCUGUCGUUUUUGAUAGCGGCCGCAGCCUCCUUUCUAGCUGGCCUUUGCUAUGCAGAAUUCGGAGCACGAGUGCCCAAAUCGGGCUCGGCGUACAUCUACAGCUACGUGUGCAUCGGCGAGUUCAUGGCGUUCAUCAUAGGGUGGAACCUGAUGCUAGAGUAUAUCAUCGGUUCGGCGAGCGUUUCCCGAGGGUUGAGUUUGUACAUCGACACGCUAGCGAACGAUACGAUGAAGCUGCACUUCCGUGAGGUCGCCCCCAUGGAGUGGGACUUUAUGUCCAGCUAUUUCGAUUUCUUCGGGUUCACCGUGGCGAUCUUGCUUGGAGUCGCACUUGCGUUUGGGCUGAAGAAAUCGACCAUGGUGAACAACCUGUUCACGGUUCUGAACAUCUUUAUUGUUCUGUUUGUGAUAAUCGCCGGAGCGAUCAACGCGGACAUCUCCAACUGGAACAUCAACCCGGCGAACGUGUCCUCGAUAUACAACGUUGGCGAGGGAGGUUUCUUCCCGUUUGGAUUUGAGGGAACGCUGCGCGGAGCGGCCACGUGUUUCUUCGGGUUUGUCGGCUUCGACUGUAUAGCCACUACCGGUGAGGAGGUCAAAAAUCCGCGGAAAGCAAUCCCGAGGGCGAUUCUGCUCUCGUUGUGCACGAUCUUCCUGGCGUACUUUGGGGUUUCGACCGUGCUGACGCUGAUGUGGCCGUACUACAAGCAGGACGUCAACGCGCCGCUGCCGUUCGUGUUCAACGAAAUCGGUUGGAACUUUGCCAAGUGGACGGUGGCCAUCGGAGGUAUUAUUGGCCUCGUGGCCAGCCUGUUUGGGGCCAUGUUCCCCCAGCCUAGGAUUAUCUACGCGAUGGCCCAGGAUGGGUUGAUAUUCAAAGCGCUUGGCGAUGUCAGUCCCAAGUUUAAAACGCCAGUGUUUGGAACGAUGUGUGCCGCCCUGCUCACCGGGACGAUGGCCGGAUUGUUCGAUUUGAAAGCUCUAGUCAAUAUGCUGUCGAUCGGUACGCUGACGGCGUACACCGCGGUAGCGAUCUCAAUUCUCAUUCUCAGAUUUUCGGAAGAACCAAAGAACAACACGAUCCCGUCGACCAGCAAGCAGGCGUACGAAAACUCGAAUCUACUCAAAUCCGGCAAUCGGCUGACCGGGUCUGCCUUCAUGAAGCAACUGUUCUCGGCCGGGUGUAUGAAGGAGCCAACUCGUAUAUCAUCCAAUGUAGUUGGAAUUCUGGUGACACUAUAUUGUCUCGUUUCGCUCGCGCUAGCCCUCACCAUCUACUACGCCAAGCAGGCGCUCUACGACCUGGAACCGUGGGCCCUCACCCUGGCCGGCACGCUCCUGUCGGUGAUGCUGCUCGUGCUCCUGCUCAUGUCCGUUCAACCGCGCGAAUCCGGCGAGGCCCCCUUUCGCGUUCCGAUGGUCCCGCUGCUGCCCGCCAUCAGCAUAUUCGUCAACAUCUACCUGAUGUUGAUGCUGGACGUGUACACUUGGAUCCGCUUCGGUAUCUGGAUGGGAAUCGGUCUUCCCAUGUACCUGGCGUGUGCCUGUUGUCGUGGUAGUGUAGAGCAGUUCGAGGAAGAGCCUCGGGUGGGUGAGAAUGGCGACGUCUGUACCUCGGAGGGUAUCGAGAAUGGGGGGUUUGAGCAUGGUAGCGAAACGUCGACCGUUACGGCCAACGGGUAUUACUCGAAGAACUUGAGCAACGCGAUCAACGGUGAUGAGAAGGGACUGAAGUUGAUCCCGCUGGGUGGGGUUGAUAAGGAGGUGGGCGGAAAGGAUGAGGAUGUUCUGCAGGGCAGGGCGAAAUCAAGGACUCCGUCACCGAAGAGUAGUAUUGAUGAGAUUGUAGCAGUUUCCGAGAUGGCCGAUUUGGUAACGGAGAAGGUGGAACCUAGUGGGAAGGCAUACUUUGUAGAGGAUGUAAACGAGAAGGAGUCGGAUAGAUCUAGUGAAGAAACCAAUAAAGCUAUUGCAAUUCUCGAUGACAUCUUGGACGAUGAAGAAAAGAACGAGCACACUUACCCGUCGCUGGACGACGAAUCGCUGGCAAGUCCAGUGUUCCGUGAGCAAUCCGUGAUCGCCGAUAUCCAUCGAGAGGAUGAGAUUUCAAUGCUGGUAGAAGAGAUCUUCGCGGAAGUGGCGGCAAAUGCUGCUCAAAAUCAACCUCCGGUUGAAGAAACCGUUGAACCUCCCCCCAUUCGCCCAAGAGCGGCCUUCGUGGUUGGUCAGGAUGAAGACGCGGAAAGCCUGAACUCAACCGAAGAAGAUGUCCACUACAACCGAUUGGACAGUCAAAAGCAGAAACAGUUCAUAAAUCGGUUGAGCACUCUGCUAGUAAAUCCCAAGCAACCUCCACUCAAACGAAAAAGUCCCACAAACCUAACCGAAGAAGACGGUUCGGACAGUCCAAAGCUGCAGAAAAGUAGCAGCGAGCCAAACUUUGUUAUCCUCCUGGACAACAGCACUGCCACAAACGAAAGUGAAACCGACACCGCGGAACACUCUCCCCAGGGUUCCGUACCUCCGGCGCCAAAGUUUGACCAAGUCGUGUACAACACGCUCAAGCCUGACAGCGAACUGGUCAAGGUCACCUCGCCAAUCCCACCGCGAAGUCCCGUUCCCGAAGCCCCCAAAUUCGACCCCGUACUGUACAGCACCCUCGGGAAAUCCAAAACCCCACGACCCUCGCUACUCCACUCGCCAACCAUCAAUACCUCAGGGUACAGCGAAGUGACCCUUCGCAAGCUCACCCAAACCCCGCCAGCUGUCGACACCAAAACUCCCGAAGCCACCGAGGACGACCCCGAUCCCUCGGCCAACCCUCGCGAAGUGUUCAAAUCCAAGCUCGAACAGCUGCUCCAACGUGGUCCCACCAACAAACCCCGUCCCCGAACGGUCGCGAUCGUCGAUCGCCAAGUUUCGUUUCCCCCACCCGUCGCAUCCGUAACGCCCACCCAACCUGCUCCUCCUCCGUCAACGGUCACCCCACAACAACCCACCGAGGUCACCUCGCCGACCGCCAACCUCACCACGCUCCGGCCGUUCGACACCAAGAAGAAGCAGAAGCUGCUCUUUGACGAUGUGAUCAAGGCGAUCACGCCGGAAACGCGACCGAGCGUCAUUCGCAGCUCGCUCGAGCACCGGAUGUCGUUUACGGAGUUUAAGAACGGGCUGAAAAAGACGGUGCCACCGAAGCAGUACCUGCCGAAUGCGUGAUUGUGGGAGCGAGAGAUUGAAUGAGCGAUGCGAACGUUAGAAGCGGUGCUUUGUACAGUUUAUUUGAUUAAUAGUAGAGAUUAACGUAGAUAGUUAAAAAAUAUUUACUUACAACAAUGUUGGAUGCACUUCGGUUUUUACUCUUUCUGCUCAAUAUCUCAAAUGUGUUUUGAUAUAAAAUUAAAGAAAAAAAUAAGAAUUGCAAAUUAAAUCUUCGAUUACAAAUUUUGUUUGCUCAAAUAAAAAAAAUGUGUUGAAAUUCUGAUGAAUAACUUGUAAACUUUUAAGAAUAGAAAUUAUCAUCAUUUGUAUUUUUUCCGAAUCAAUUUUAUUUAACGGCCAUAACUGCGUCGUAAGGUUUGACGUGAAAUUGGUAAUUAUUAUAAUAUAAAAAGAUUUUGUUAACAAAAAACUUAUUAAAUUUCAUAUAUAACAAGUUAAAUUUCAUAUAUUACAUGAAAUUUAACUUAAUACAUAUGAAAUUUGAUAAGUUUUUUUGUAAACAAAAUCUUUUUCAAAUUCAAGUUAGGUCUCUAAAAAGGAAAUUCGGUUAAUUACAUGUUAUAAAAUGUAAUUUCAUGUUUUUUGUAUGUAAAUAUAUGAUUCCUAGUUGCAAGAAAAAACAUUUUGUUCAAAUUACACUCAACCCCCGCUGCACAGUGGGAAAAUGGAGGCAAAAAACAGAUUUUAUUGAUGCUGGUCAAUUAGAACUUUCAACCAAGACUUUUUUUAUGUGAAAAAUUCCUAGGAAUCGAUUGGUGAUAGUAAGAACCAACCUAAAAGGCCAUAUUACCCUAUUUUUUCCUUUUUAUCUUAGUUUCGUAUAUCUAGCUGAAAUGUUCAGUACUUUGACAAAACUCUUUCUUAAAAGAAAAAUUCAGAGGAUCGAUUGGUGAUAGUAAGAUCCAUCGAAAUGCACCUUUAUAUAAUUUCGAUGGAGUAGAGAAGAGAGAAGAAAAAGUUGAGUCAACGCUUUGAGCAUUUCAGCAACAUAUUUGAAACUAAUAAAAACAGUAAACAAAUAGAGUAAAUUGGCCUUAAACGGGCCUUGCGCUAAUUUCCGCUGGUUCUCACCAUCACCAAUUGAUUUUACAGGAAUUUUUUACAUAAUAAAAGUCUUGAUUGAAAGUUCUAAUUGACCAGCAUCAAUUAAGUCCGUUUUUUGACUCAAUUUUUCCCACUGUGCGCUGGUUGGUUACUUUUUUGUUUGACACUGUUUAAGUUACCUUAAACCGGGGUGACAUUGAUAGGAUUUAAAUUUAUUUUUGUAAUAUUUUCCAACUGGUAAGGUUUUUCUCAAGAUUAUUAUUUUUAAAACAUGUACUGGGGUAGGCCACACAAAGUCCAUGUACAAUUUAUAAAAAAAAAGUUUUUUCAACAACGUUUAAAAACAUAGUUACUUAAAAAAAAUCAUUGUUCGAAUUCCGGGGUAACAUUGAUAGUCAGACAUUUUCUCGUUAAAAUCAGAUUUAAGGUGUUCAAACUUUAUUGUUAACGUCAAAUGUUCCAUCACUAAGGUUGCUGAUAUAGAUCGAUAAAAUCAAUGUUUAUGUUUAGUUAACUAUGUUUAUAAGCAUGUAAAUUUUAGGUAAAAUUGUUAAAAAAAAUUGCUUGAAAUUCGAUUAAACUUGUUUUUUUUUAUAAAAUUAUCGAUUUAUAGUGUAUUUUAAACUGAAUUCGAAUCAGGAAUCAAACGUUUUCACAUUUUAUAUGAAAUUUGUUCUACUGAAAAUGCCUAAAGUUUGGAGAUUUUUUUAUGAAUUAUGUUUCAAAAAUAUAGAUAUUUCUUAUUUACAAAAAUGUUUUACCUUUUCCUAGUGAAAAAUUGUCCGAAGAAUCCGAAAAUGCAUUCCGAUUUCCGAUUUAAAAUCAUGUUCAUUGAGAAAAUCAUGACACUUUGAGAAGAUUAAAAUAAUGCUAUUUUUUACGAUAGUACCCGGUUGGUUUGACAUAGUCAAACUAAAAAGUGACGAACUGUCACUUUUUACACGGGGCUCACAUUUACUAUCAAACCAAAAAUUUGGUAGUAAAGGAGCAAUAACACUAUGGCAAACAACCAAACAAACUAGCGCAAGAUAAAAUGUAUCCAAGCUGACUUUUCUGCAAAUAAAAGAUGGUGUACAAACAACGCAGACAAACUGUCAAAAUGUGCGAGUUAGUUUGUUUGCUUGCCGUAGUCUAAUACCUCCUGAAGUAUGAGCUCUGUGUAAAGAGGGUGUCAAAUUGAAAAGUGACCUCGGUCAUUUGCCAACAAUUGGUGUCAAACCAUCGGGGUUUCAGUGUACAAGUUUAAUAUUCUUCAUAUUCUGAUGAUGGAGCGAGUCGGGAUUAUAAACAAUAGGUCAGUAGUUGUGUUGUGGAAUUUCAAUCAUUUUUUAAUCAAUCUUACAAAUGUUGAGUGGAAAGAGUAAAAAUGUAAGUGAAGCUAAUGCUUGAUGCUUAGUACAUCCAAAAAGAGUCAUGUAAAAACGUAGCAAAACUCAACCUACCAAAGCUAUGUUACUACACAACCGUCGAAAGCAAGCAACAGUUUUGUUCAUAUAGCUUUUAGCAAACUCCUUCUGACCGACUAUUGCAUGUGGUCGGUCUAAAUACCUUGCUCAAUCAAGAUUAGCUAAAAAACGACGUUAAAAGCUCACCUCCCAAAUAACUCGCUAACCCACUGAAAAAAACCCCGCAUGAUCGCUGUAAUCGCCUAACUCUAGUGCAUGAACCACAAAUGGGCAACGAUUUAACUCUAAGUAAAAAUGAAAAAUCAUCAAUUCCCGGUCAGGUUUGGUACUGUACGCGUUCUACGGAUUCCGGAACAGCUACCGGGAGGUGUUUGCCAGCGAGUCCGGCUGGACCAAGAUCAAGUACGUUCGCUGAGACGGGAACGUCGAAACGUUGGAACGCCCGCAAAGGAGUAAAACAAAUUAGUGAGCAAAGGUGAUAUUUUUGUUCUGAAGGCUAGGAAACGUGAAACGUGGAUUGUAGCGAUUGAGAUUUAGGUUUAGGAUUUUUGGUUGUAGCUCGAGUGUUGCAUGCUUAGCACGGACAAUCACAGGACGCCAAUAUAGUCAAUAUUCAAAUUGUAAGCAACUUAUAUGUACGAAAGGAAAAAGAAAAAAACAACUAUUUAUAAAUAAUCAUGUAAAAGUAGCAAAUAAAACUUAAUUGAACAAAGUGUUACAAAAUGACCGAAAAUACUAACAACAAUCACCCAAACUUGCCAUAUUAAUGAAAAGAAGAAAGACAAAAGUUACGUAUAGAGAGGCGCAAACGGUUCAUCUAAUUAGUAUGUUUAGCUUUAUCUGAUGUUGGGCAACUCGGCACAGUUCAACACGAAAAUCGACAUGGAUGCAAGUCGCGGAGCCUCCCCCCCCCCCCCCCCCUCCCACGGAAGUGUUGCCAGCAGGUGAACGAAAGUAACGUUAAAAACAGUAACCACACAUACACAAACACACAAACACCAUUUAUUUGUUUUAAUUUAUUUUAACGAAAGCGAAAGUAAUAAAGCAUGAAAGAUAU